AUGGCAAGGGGCACCAUGAGCGAGAAUGAGCGCGGCUGCUUGGAGGCGGCGGCCAACACUCGGCCCGAGAGACUGCGCGAGGCGGAGAGAGCGCCGAGCGACGGGAAACCGAACGGUCUCCGCGUACGGUUCUUGGACGAAGAGGGCAAGACGGAGCGGACGGUGAGCGCCGACGAGGUGGACUGCGUGACGCGCGUGAAGAAGAUCCACAUCCUGAAGAACAGGAGCUCCAGCGAGACGAGCAUCUUGCUGAGGAACCCGUCCCUCGCCAAGCGGCGCACCAACGCCGAGCGCCGCUUCAGCGACGGACAGACGGACAGCCUCAACAACAACUCGCUCAGCGAGAACCUCAACGGUAAACCGACCCUUUUAGCGGACUCCGAGAGUACGGACAGCGGCGCGGACACCAAAGAUUCGGCACAGAGCUUUAAAAAGAACUGUAACGUGUACAGCGUGCACCAGGCGAAGACGUUGACUCCAGAGCGGAAGAAAUCGAUCCCACUCGGCAUACCCAAGCUGAUCGGGCACAAAGAGACCGCGCAGAGCAAGUCCAUACUGCCGGCCGAGGUGUGCCUAGCCGACAAUGGCACGGGGAAGGACUUUACAGCGCGAGCCAUCGGCAGACUGUCCAGGGGCCUGGGCAGGCUGCUCCGCCGCUCGAAUAGCGUGAAGAUCAGCGAACCGGACCCCAUGUACAAGGUGGCCUACCUCGGGAACGUCCUCACCGGCUGGGCUAGAGGUGAGCAGCAAAUUCGCUAUUCAAUUCAAUCUGUUAUACCGAAACUGUUAUCA